AAUUGUUGCCGGCAAAAGUCCGCAAAACGGCGCCAGAUCGCAGCCAAACACAGCACCGGAAGCUCGGUUUAAGCUCGUGCACACGCUGCGCCCCAGCCCGCGCAUCAAUUUGUGCCUGAAACGCCAGCGUCUACUCUGAAACUCCUGCGCAUUGUCAGGGCCACCGAUCUAGACUCCUGCGUCAGCGCCACCGAUCAAAAGAAUGGCGUACCCCGGCCACUCCGCCGACGACCUGCAGGAGGACGAGGACGAAGCGAAAGCGUGGAUCGAGGCCGUCACUCAAUUACAAAAGCCGGACGACGAGACCUUCGAGGCCUGGCUGCGGAGCGGCGUCGUCCUUUGUACCCUGUUAAACGCCUUGAAGCCCGGCUCCAUUAAAAAAAUCUCCACAUCACAAAUGCCGUUCAAGCAGAUGGAGCAGAUUAGUUUAUUUUUGAGAGGUAUAAGGACAUUGGGCGUGCAGGAGUUCGAGGUCUUCGACACGAAUGAUUUGUAUCGAGGCAAGGACAUGAGAAAAGUAGUGCAAUGUAUUCAUAGUAUAGGCACCGCUGUAAAAAAGUCGGGUUGGUCUGGGCCGCAGCUCGGCGUCAAAAUAGCCUCGCCGAACAAACGGGACUUCUCGGAGCAGCAGCUGCUCGAGGCUCGUUCAGCGACCUCCAAGUUAACUGUCGGGUCCGCUGGGUUUACGGAGCGGUCAGAAGUCCUCAAGGAAGGUAUUACGUUCGGCAACGACCAGUCCGGCUCCGGGGCCGCCCUAAAUUCGCGGCAGACGAUGGGCUCGGCCGCGUCCACCGAACGGUUGGAGGUCAUCGACCGGGGCAUCACGAUGGGGUCAAAUGCCGCGACGCGGGACCUCGAGUAACAAGUGUUAAUGUUA